GAACCUCAUCCUCUCGCAUCUAACCUCUCUCCUCUUUCACGUUGGAGCGAGCGAGCGAGCGAGAGAGAAGAAGAGAGAGCUUAAACCCCAAAUCUCCAUCAAAAUUCUCAUAUCUGGAUUUCUCUCGCUUCUUUUCGACUGUAUGGGUUGCGGAGUUUAGUCUCAGAGUACAAGAAAAAGCUCUUAAAACUUUCAUCAUCUUCAUGGCGUCUCUCUCCUUCACACAGUUCCUACCAUUCCCCAGAUGCAAUGCAGAUGUUGCUUGUCUCCAGCCACUGGGGUUUGUGAAGAAGUUCCGAGGUGAAAGAUUGAGCGGGAAACAAGGCUUUUUGGUUGUUGCUGGUAGGAGAAAGUUAUCAGAGUCUGCGCCUCUUGAUGAAGAAGAUGGUGGAAACGGCGCUGUUAGUGGUGGGAAGAAACCAACCAAAGCUCCUAAGAAGAGUGGUGGUGCGAGAAGAACAACAACGAAGAAGAAGGAGGUUGUAGUAGUAGCAAAGGAUGAACCUUUAGAAGAAGAAAGAGUAGAUAGUGAUGAUGUUUCAGAUUCAGACAACGAAAGCAGCGACACAAAAGCGCCACGGAGAACUAGAAGAAAGAAAGUAGCUUCUUCUGAUGUGGAGAAGAAAGUGAGACGAAAGAGGACUGUUAAGAAAGAUAAAGAAGUGGAGGAAGGUUUAGUGACUACUAGUAGUAGUACACAUGAUGAUGCUAGUGAUGUCGAAGCCACUGAUGCUGACAGUGAAGGAGAGGAGAUUGAUCUGAGCAAACACGAAAGCGAAGAAGAUAUAAGUCACACAUACGGAUGGCCACCUCUAGUGUGUUGCUUUGGAUCUGCACAGCACGCUUUCGUGCCAUCAGGAAGGCCAGCGAACAGGCUUUUGGACUACGAACGAGAGGAACGGAUGAAAGACGCGGUGUGGGCUCCGGAGAAGUACAUCAGAGCUCCUGGAGGAUGCGCAGGAGGUGUUGCUAUUGCUCUUGCGAGCUUGGGUGGUAAUGUUGCCUUUAUGGGGAAGCUUGGAGACGAUGACUUCGGUCAAGCCAUGUUGUAUUAUCUGAAUGUGUGUAAAGUCCAAACGAGAUCAGUAAAGAUUGAUAGUAAAAGGGUUACUGCUUGUUCUACUAUGAAGAUCAGCAAGAGAGGUCGGUUGAAAUCGACUUGUGUCAAACCUUGCGCUGAGGAUUCUCUUUCAAAAUCUGAAAUCAACGUUGAUGUCCUCAAAGAGGCGAAGAUGUUCUACUUCACCACGCAUUCACUGCUGGACAAGAAGAUGAUGUCAACUACAUUACAAGCCAUCAAGAUAUCAAAGCAACUAGGGAACGUCGUUUUCUAUGACUUGAACCUCCCUUUACCGCUAUGGCAAUCCAGGGAAGAGACCAAGAGUCUCAUACAACAAGUGUGGGAUCUUGCAGACGUCAUUGAAGUCACUAAACAGGAGCUCGAGUUCUUAUGCGGAAUCGAGGCGACCGAAGAGUUCGAUACUAAAAACAAUGACAGCAGUAAGUUCGUGCAUUACGAGCCAGAAACAGUGGAACCGCUUUGGCAUGAGAAUCUCAAGGUUUUGUUUGUUACCAAUGGGACUUCUAAGAUACAUUACUAUACCAAAGAGCACAACGGUGCUGUUCUGGGGAUGGAGGAUGUUCCCAUCACUCCUUUUACCAGGGAUAUGUCAGCAUCUGGAGAUGGCAUUGUUGCAGGUCUGAUAAGAAUGCUUACGAUUCAGCCAGAUCUUAUGAAUGACAAAGGGUACUUGGAACGGACAGCAAGAUAUGCAAUUGAGUGUGGGGUUGUUGAUCAGUGGUUGCUGGCACAAACUCGAGGAUAUCCUCCAAAGGAUGACAUGGAAGAAGGAGAUGAUGGUGAUGAUGAAGAGGAAGAAAUGGAAGCAGAUCCAAAUGGUAUAAGGUCGAUAACAGAGAGGGAAUACAGAACCUCAAAGCCUUAUGAUGAACCGGAUGGUCCUUACGUUAUGAAACCAGAAGAGGAAAGGGAGUACCGGAAGCUAGAGCUUGUUGGUUCAGUGAGUGAAGAUGAUGAGGAUAGUUCUUGAUACUAAUAAGUUUUGAUUUUGAUUUUGAUUUUGAUUUUGUUUUGUUAGUCAGCUCCUUAUUCCCUUGUUCACAUCUUACAACAUCUCAGUAGUUGUGUAAACGUUCAUAUGUUUCAGUAUCUUUCAGUAACCCUUUUACUAUCAAUC